AGUCGGACGCUACCUCGAGCAAUUACCUCAAAUCGAGGUACCUGCCACGAGCGAGUGCGUGGCCAGCGUAUAGCCGCAGAUCAGUUGCAGCGCGCGAGCUAGAAGCAAAGGGCAGCGUCACUGUUCCUCCAAGUCUGUCGUAUACGCGGUGACGGUAUACCUGACUGCUGCAUGAAGGCAUACAUGCAGCUGGCAACGGUUAUACAGCGGAGCUCGCCUGAGCAACAAGGCUCUCACAUGGAUGAAGAACUCCAGGUGGAUUCUGCACUGCACUAGUGUUGCCAUCAAGUACCUUUGCCUGAUUGCAUUGUUCCAAGUACCGAAGGGACCGGUGGACUGAACGGACUCUGGGGCUCUGGGAGGAAGACAUGACUGAGGAGCAGAAGGUGGAGCUUCUGAGGGUUGUGGCUGCAUCCAAAGAGACGGCACAGAGGGAGGAGGCCGUGCGGCAGGCCCACUUUGCACCAGUCAUGCACCAUGUCCCACCAGUGUCGACUGAAACUCGAGACCACAUCACUUGGGACAGAAAGGUUCCUGUAACUGUCCUGGUGAAUGGCACAAAGCCCAGCCCAGCAAAGGGAGGCCAUGCAGCAUCACCACAGGUAGGUCAACCGACAGAUGUCAAUCUACCCUAUGCAAGACCAGUUAACAGGGAUUGGUGGACCACUGAAGGCAGUGAUGAUGACGAGUGGCCAACACCGUCCAGUGCCAAGCAAUCGAGACCCUCCAGGCGACAGCCAGUUGUACUCAAGUCAACGGUGCGCCGAGUGUACAGCAUGGAGCAACAGCUCAACUUCCAGUGGGGAAAGGCAGAUGAAAUGGAGCUGAAAGAUGCCAGAUUGUCCCGCCUUGGCCCGAUUGCUGAAAGCCAAACUGGCCCCACUUUCCUGUGCAAUGGUGGAUGGAAGAACCCACCUGCUCUGCUCGAAUCGUGGGCAUCGAUGCACGUCGCGCUGAAGCAGGCCCAGUCGUCGCCGGGACUGCCUCUGCGGCCAUGGACCGAAUGCAGGGAGGCACUUCCAUCACUGCUCAGCGUCCAGGACAGCAUGACACGAAAGAUUGGUAAAGCAACACAGCUGGUAAUACCUGGCCCGAGUGGCCUCGGCACAUCUGCACACGGGCAGGAUGUGUGCAGCUCUGGAGACUCUACUCCGGAGAUUCCCGGGUACAACCGGCAUGGCUGGAGCGCUAUACGCCGCCGCCGCAGGAGCAGGCGGCAGAGAAGCUUGGUGAUACGAAGCAGCGUGAAGCUCCGCGAGGUCAUGAUGUGCAAGCGAGCGUCCGGGAGAAUCAAAGGUGCCCAGUGGUUGGAUCGUCAUGUAGUGCGUGUAGUACUUCUGGACGCAGCGCCGACGGAACAACAAGAAGGCAGUUGGCGCGGACUGAUGAAAAAGGCCCUGACCUGUGUGCCACCAGUGCCAUGGAUGCCAGUGACAAUUAAAGCUGCCAUGGGACCUUAGUCAGAGCUGCCACUUGGCUGAUGUUCUUGCCUACGGGUGAGAAGCGGGUCGCCAUGGUUUCGCAUGGAUGCUCAAAAGAAUAUUUUUGCACUCUUGUGUUCUCACUCGCCGUCUUUCUUUUGUUUUGUGUUCUACAAAAAUAAAUUCAGUAUUCUUGCA